UAUAUCAAUGUUUUAACAUCCCUACGCGACGCUGACGAGGAAGCGAUUUUCCAAAAGUUGUAAAAAUAAAAACCCUAUAAAAUAGUGCAAAAUAGUUACCAAGUGCAGUGUAAAGAAGAGCAAUACAGGUCGCCAUUGCACACAAUAAUCUUUGAAUUGAAUAAGAAAACCUAAUGCGACACCAAGUAGAAAGUACGUGAAAAAACCAAAGGUGUGACUGUGUGCGUGCGAACGAGUUUUUUUUCAUUCGCCUGAAGUGGAGCGGACUUUUAUUUGUGGAUGGCUCUCCACAAUACAACAACAAAACUAACAAAUGCAGAAAAUGUUGAGCGAACAACAACAACAAAAACACAAAACAAUAGAACAAUAGCAAAAGAAUGUAAAAGAAUCAUUAGCAGGAUACAAAAAUUGCAUGGGAAAUUGAAAUUUGUGCGACAAAAGCUAAAGACUGCAGAAAUUUUCAAAACUUGGCAGCCAUAUUUAUUACAAAAACAAAUCUGUUGUAAAAGUACGUGACAAAACCACACUAACACACACACACAAUCACAUUUGCACACGUACAGCGUGCUUGAGAGAGACUGAGAAGGGGAGAAACGCAAAUGUGAAUUAACAAACAAACAAACAAAUAAGAAAUAUUUUGCGCAAAAGACAGCCACCCGAAAAUUCAACAAACGUGUAUUACAUAAACAAACACAGCGCAUCAGUUUGAUAUCGAAAUAUUAUGGAAAUCGCACCAUUGAUUAGCAACGCAGCCGCUGCAGCCGUCGCUGCCGUCUCAGCCUCUACCUCGUCCACUUACGCUUACGAGAGCGAGAGCCGAACCAGCAGAGACAGUAGCAGCAAGGAAAACGAUAAUGUCAACAAUCUGGCGCUCUUAGCUUCGCUGACGCUUCAGAAAGUGCUGAAUAUCAACAAUAAUAAUAAUAAUAAUAGCAACAGCGGCAGCAAUAGCGGGGCUGGUGGCAUAAAGCUAAAUGAACAACAACGACGAAACCUCGCUUUUCAAGCUGAGACUGAUGUAUUAAAUCAAUUGCUUAAAAAUGGUGCUGUUUUCACCAAAACACAGUCCACAGCCCCCAUAACCAUUGAGAAGAAAAGGCAGAACCAGCAGCAACAGCAUCAGCAGCAGUCUCAGUAUGCACAUCUGCAGCACCAGCAGCAGCAACAGCAGCAGCAACAGCAUCAGCAGCAACAACAGCAGCAGCAACAGCAGCAGAAACAACAGCAGCAACAAAGUAGCGCGCAGAAGCAACGCCUAAAUUCAUCCAUAUCAUCCACACAUUCAUCGACAUCAACGAACUCCUCCUAUGGCAGCUCCUCCUCCGAAGAUGUACUUGUGGCCGGGACCAGCACUAGCGUCAGCAGCAGCAGGAAGACCCAAGGAACAGCAACAGGAUCGGGAAGCACAGCAACCGUAAAGGCGUCCAGCAUUAAAUUGCCAGAGAAAUCGAAAAUUCCGUCCGAUAUACUUGAUGAUCUGGCCAGUAGAUUUAUAAUCAAUGUACCGGACAUGGAGCUAAACAAUCUAAUAAGAAUAUGCUUUCAAAUCGAAUUGGCCCACUGGUUCUAUCUGGACUUCUUUUGUGCCCCAGAAUUAAAUGAAGAUGGUGUGCCAGCGAUUGUGCAGCGCAAGCUGCCAGCGGUGGGCAUCAAACAGUUUGCCAUGCAAUUGUUCCAACACAUUCCCUUCCUGAACAAACAUUUUGGCACUGUGGAGCAAAUACUGCAAGAUUGGAAGAACUACAAGAUGUCGGUGCCCACAUAUGGUGCCAUUUUGGUCUCUGAGGAUCACAAUCAUUGCUUGCUAGUGCAGUCCUAUUUUGCACGCAACUCGUGGGGCUUUCCCAAGGGGAAAAUCAAUGAAAACGAGGAUCCAGCCCAUUGUGCCACAAGAGAGGUUUAUGAGGAGACUGGGUUCGACAUCACCGACAGUAUCGAUGCCAAUGAUUAUAUUGAGGCUUUUAUCAACUAUCAAUAUACGCGGCUGUAUGUCGUGCGGAAUAUACCGAUGGACACGCAGUUCGCACCGCGCACACGCAACGAGAUCAAGUGUUGUGACUGGUUCCGUAUUAACGAUCUGCCGGUCAACAAGAAUGAUGCCAUAUCGAAAGCCAAACUGGGCAAGAAUGCCAAUUCCUUCUUUAUGAUUAUACCCUUUGUUAAGCGCCUCAAGAAGUGGGUGAGCGAACGUCAGGCGGGCAUCGGGCCCCGUCGACGCAAAUGCUCUGGUCAGCAGAGUCCCAAAGCGGCCUCGCCAACCAAUCUGAAUGUGAAUGGGAAUGGCAAUGGUGGGAGCAGCAGCUGCAAGAAGGAUGCUGCUGCCUCGCAACGUCAGCGACACAAGUCAAUGGGGGAUUUGGAUGGUGUCAAGUUAAAUAAUCUCAAUGGAAAACCGGUAGCCGGUUCUGGGCCGGUGGCUUGUGCAUCGGCCACCACCACCACCACGGGCACCAUGAACAUAUGCAAUAGCAACAAACGCAAUAAGCAAAACGGGGCUGCGGGCAGCAAUCAAACAACGCCACUAUCAACGGCCACAAACACUACGCCAGCCGCAACUCCCGGGGCAGGAGGAGGAGGAGGAGGAGUAGGUGGUGGUGCUGGAGGAGCAGCUAUAUCAUCAAAGCGUCAACUGUUCCAUAGCCAAAGUCAAAAUGAUGCACAGCAGCAACAGCAGCAGCAGGGCUUUAAUGGCAGUGAGAAGGUGGUCAGCUCCUUUGAUUUGAUACGCAAGGAGAAGCAGCAGCUACUUAGGGCAGCCAAGUUGCAGAAGCAGCACCAGGCACAACAGCACCAACAACAACUGUUGCAAGGCUUGCGCCCCAAAGUGUCGCAAGGUGAGAAGCAAGUAAAUCAUCAGCAGCAGCAACAGCAACAACAACAACAACCACAGCUGCUGGCCAAGAAGAACAUGGUACAGCAACAGCAACAACAACAACAGCAACAGCCCACAACGGGCAUGGAUUUGAUAGCCAUGCUAUCGGCUGCGGCGGCAGCUCAGCAAAAGACACCAAAAGCGGAACAGCCACGACCACGGCCAGCAUCGGUUUCGCUAAACUUUGUGGGAUCCCCAACCUUAGGAUCCCCAUCACAGCAGCAGCAGCAGCAGCAGAACCAGCUGCAGCGCAUGCCCUCGGGCACUAAUUUGAGGGUACUGAAGAGAGCCCAAUCUCAGCAGCCGUCGCAGCAGCUGCAACUUCAACAACUUCAGCAGCAGCAGCAGCAGCCGAGUCAGGUUCAGGUAGGCGUGGGCACGCCUGCUUUAGGGCCAAUGGACUUUACGCCCAACUUUAAUUCGUGGACGAAUUUCACAUUCACCAAAAACUGGAUAGCAAAUGUUUUUUGCUAAACAUUUUCACACUAUUUUCUUCUCCUUCUAUCAAACUUCUGAUUGAAUGCAUUUUCAAGCAAAAGGCCAGAUUACAGGGAAUGUAAUACGAUAUAUUUGUUGAUGCUUUGUGAGCAAUGAGAUGAGAGAGACCCUUUGGAGACCCUGCCAGUAAGAAAGAAAGCAUGCCAAUUGCAUUUAACAAGUACACAUUUGUUUAAACAAACAAAAACUAAACCUAAAAGAACGUACCAACAACCAACUCUAUAGACAACUAAUCAUGUCUAGUCCUAGGCUUUGGAGACUAUGUAUAGUGUUAGCUUCAAGAACUUUUAUGAUCUCUCACAGGAGAAAUCGCACUUUUCCACAUAUAUAAAUAUGUACAUAUAUAUUCUACAUACAUUAUAUGUAUAGAGGGUACAGCAGGCAUGAAAAAUGAUUUUCAUACAAAAAAAAACUCGAGUCUUCCGCUCAGCACACACACACGCACACACAUACGUAACGUAGCGCUUAUUUUUCUAUGGACAAGGACACAAAAAAGAGACCGACAUUGAGAUUGAAGUACAAUACAAUUACUAAUUAUUAUGAAUAUUGUUAAGAGUCCUUAGAAACAGCCAAACGUUUAUUGUGUGCGUGAACCAAGCCCCUACUUCGAGCCGUGUGCGCCGUUCAAACGUAUUUUUAGACAAAAUCAACAAAACUAAACUUAACUAAAGCGUAGCUUUAAUACGCCCAAAAACACACACACCCUAACACCGAAUGGUUUACAGCCGCCCCCCGCCCCCAGUUUGCUGUGCAAGUAUUCUUAUUGAAGUCCUUUAGAGACUUAGACCUGGAUACGGGAUGGAUUAAAUGAUGUGGGGGCAAACCGUGUUUGCGGGCAAGAACAAUUACAAAUAAUUGGAAUUUCUGGGCCGCUAUACUUACUGCCCGCCCCCCCGCCCCCACCUAAGAGAGAGAUGUGUAGAGAAGAAUACAAAUAAUAACAAUGUAAAUAAUUAAAUUGUGAUAUCGUAUUUCUUAGCACAAUUGUGAUCUUAACUAAACAAAACGGCUAGCUACUACGUGCAACAACAAAACAACAAACUUUUAUAAGCGAAACGUGAGAACAUUUUUAAACAAAUCAAUCAAAAUUGCUCCCCUUUAAAAUCGAGAGACGAAAACAAACACAGGCAGGCGAUUGAGUGACCCACAAUGAGUGGCAAUUAUUAGGCAUAUCUUCAGGCAUGGCAAAAGGAGCGCCAAUAAAAUACACAACAACAAAAAAAAAAACACAACUCAAAUGUUUUGUGGGGAAUGCUGCGAAUGGAUGAUGAUGAUGAAUGACAAACAUUUAACGAAUUUAAAUUAGUUUAAAUUUGAAUGAUUAAAAAUUAUAUAGGCAGCAAGGUUAAAAAAUUAUUUAAACGAUUUGUAAAGCAGAAGAGGAUGUAGCUAUAUUUUUGUGAGCCACUAGUGCGUAAGUGAUAGAGGAGGGGAAACAGCAGAAACGAAACCUUCAAGAAAUGUGUUAAGCCUUUUGAUAAUAAUGUAUCCGUAGACUUCGUUCACGUUUCACUGUCAAAGCCAAGUUUCCUAUAAUUCAUAAGCAUGCCCGAAGCAUGUCCAACGGGGUUCGUUCUCUCUCCACCAAGCAUAGUCUCCAAUGUGUCCAAUCUUUAGACUAAGUCACUAAGCAGAGUCUCCGUCUCCACACGGUCCUCACUCCAAAUAACAACAACACAAGAACCCGAAAAGCUAGAAAAACAUUCCCUUAAGAUGGCCUUUUGCUUAUAAUUCGCUUGAUAAUUCUGUAACUUCAACCAAAACAAUGUUUGCAUUUGCUUAUAAAUUUCUAAAAUUUUGACCUUUAAAGCUUUUUGAAAAGCCAUAUUAAUUUGUACAUUUUAUGUUUACAUUUUGAGCUUCAAAACAAUACUAAAGUUGAUGUUCGUUUUCAUUUAUUUGUGAACAACCAACCAUACCAUACCCAUGGCAAUAUGUGACCAUCAUGAAUGGGAUCCUGGAUAAACGCGAGUUCAUUAAAGCGAGUGGUGUUGGACGCCACCAUUAGGUCUAAACAAAAUCUAGGACUCGCCUCACUCUGAGCUGACAUUGUUAAGCAUUUUAGACCGACAAAAAUCCGACAAAACGAAAAACAACA